AUGAGAGAAGUCCCUAAAGUUGGAUGCAAAAGAAUGACUGGUCUUCUUCUUGGGCGUGGUUUACGUGUACAAUAAGCCAGGAUUAGAAAAUCAAUGUGCAGAGUAAGCCCGGAAGGCGUCCUACUUCGGGCCUUAGAAUUAAAUGUUGUAUGCAGAAGAAGUUACCAAGUUCAAGGUCCCCUCUCCCUGUGGCACAUCGACGGGAACCAUAAAUUGAUUAGGUAUGCUGAAUAUCAACUUGCAACUGGUUCAUGUAAGUGGUAACGUUUCAACAACACACAAAAACAAAUAAUAAAUGGUUGUUGCAUAAAGAAAACGGCCCAAAACUAAGUUCUUUAAGGUUCACGGCUUGUUUUUCAUUAGCGAUCAUUUGCCCACAUUCGACUGAAUUUCUCUGUUCCAAGUUUAAAGCAUUUUAUUCAGCUCCUAAAAGAGGUGACAGGUUUUCUUUUCCUUGAUUGUUUUCUUAAAUGACAAAGUUGUAAAUAUUCUUGUAGCUCCUUAAAACUACCGAUGAUAAAAGGGUUAUUCCAACAAAUUCUGCUAUUUACAGGUGGAGAAUGGUUAUACACGGAGGUAUUGAUAGCUUUUCGAGGUUGAUAGUAUACCUUCAUUGCUCAACAAAUAACAGAGCUAGUACUGUCCUAGAACUUUUUAAAGCAGGUGUUUCAAAGUAUGGUCUCCCAUCUCGCGUACGUUCCGAUAAAGGAAUGGAAAAUGUUGACGUAGCAUGGUACAUGCUAACGUAUCCAUUGCGAGGUCCUGAUAGGGGCAGCCACAUCGCGGGCAGAAGUGUGCACAACCAGAGGAUCGAGAGGCUUUGGAGGGACUUGUUCACUGGAUGUACCUAUCUCUUUUACAACAUCUUCUGUAACAUGGAGGAGUGUGGCAUACUUGACAAUGCAAAUGAACUUCAUCUAGCAGCAUUGCACUGUUUGUGCCUCGAAUCAACAGGCAUUUAUCACUCUUCACAGAUGGGCAUAAUAGAAGUCCAAUUAGCACGGAGCGCAAUCGAUCUCCUAAGCAGUUGUGGAUCAGAGGAAUACUGUCCAAUGCUUCACAAAGGAUAG